AUGGACAGCCCCGCUCCUCCUCCGCCGUCGCAUUCCACUAGCUCCUCCGCCAUCCCCCACGCCUCGCUCUCCUCCGCCGAUUCCGCAGCUCCCCCGGCGAACCCCUCUUCCCUGCACCGCGGCUACAGCGACGGCGCCACCCCGUCUACGACUCCAUUUCCGAGCACGACCGCUUUUCUACAAGAUUAUGGCGCUGAAGGCUUUGCUGGACCCCAGCUUGAGGCGAGGGACGAUGCUGCGGCCAACCUGAGCCAGCAAUCCGACUCUUCAACGCCUGAUAGGAAGAGGCGCCUCACCGCACCCGAGGGCCCUGAGAGGCGAGGCGGCCAUCGACCGGCCGCCGCGGAAGGCUCUUCUCAAGCAACCGCUAUCGACCUUACCCUCAGCCCCGACGGAAGCUCUAGUAGUGUCGAGAGACGCGGAAGCGACCUUGUGAUUCCGUCGUGGCAGCCUGAUACAGACGUGUCUUACUGCCCGGUUUGCGGCACACAGUUCAGCUUCUGGUACAGGAAACACCAUUGUCGGAAAUGCGGCCGCGUAGUCUGCGCCAACUGUUCGCCCCAUCGCAUCACCAUUCCACGUCAGUAUAUCGUGCGCGCGCCGGAUGAGCUGAGCCUUCCCAGAGCUGGCCUUGUCGAUUUGAGCGGUGACGAUGGCGGGCCAGGCUCCCGUUUUGAUCUCUACUUCAACCCAGCCCUGGGGGGCGGAGAAGAAGUUCGCGUUUGCAACCCCUGCGUUCCCGACCCAAAUUUAAGCCCCCCGCCGCGGCAUGCCUCAUCACAGUUCCCCAGCUUCGAUCCAAGCGGCUUCCAGGACCAUUUCGCCCAGCAGCGAUUCUCUCCACUCCAGCAUUCUGGCCGGUCCAGGAACAUGACUUAUGACAGUUCCCAGGCCUACGGGCAACGGCAAUAUUCGCAUCAUCGCCCAUCUCUAAGUGACGUUAGCCAACGCUCUACUGAUCCCUUCCGUAACUCCCGCGUGAGCUUCCAAGGCCGCACAACCGUUUCGGAUCUCUUUCCGCCUCCGCUGCCCAGCGGGAGUGGGGAUAGUAUGCCUUUCCCUCCGUACCAGUCGCAGUCAUAUUCGACAAUUUCGCACUUCGCGAAUCACAUGCGCCCUAGCCGGUCUCCAAGUUUAGCUUCGAACUCGCCGCAACCUUCGCGGUAUAGAGUAGUUGACACAACAACUCCACCCUAUCCGCCCUCGAUGCGACCUCCAGGCCCUCCCCCGCGUCGUCAGAUUCCCGAAGAAGAUGAGUGUCCUGUUUGUCAUGAGGAGCUGCCUCCAAAAGAUCCAGAUGGUAGUACUGUUGCGAGAGAGCAGCACGUUGAGGAGUGCAUUUCAGCCAACUUUGCCGGUCCGUCCACCCAAUCGCGCACCUCAACGCCCUCUGCUGCUGUGGAUGCUGCCAUAUCGGCAAACGCCGCAUUUCCAAGCGACGCACGCGGUACCCCUACUCCUCCUAUAGCUGAGGGCUCCCGAAGACGGAGACAUACUCAGGGGAUGUUGCGGUACAGAGCAACGGAGAAGGACUGUAUCGAUGAUGAGGGCAGUGCUCAGGAGUGUAUCAUAUGCUUUGAGGACUUCAAGGAAGGAGAUGAGAUGGGCCGGCUGGAGUGCUUCUGCAAGUUCCACAGGUGGUGGGACACGAAAGGGGACGGUUCCUGUCCCACACACCAGGGCGGUUUCGUGCUAGGCGGCUCGUGA